CACCUCCUUUCUGUCUCCACUCAAGCUACACUUCUGAUGAAGCAGGCCUGGCCACAGACGUCCUCCUCCUGUGCCACCGAGGGCACCUUCCACCUCCCCGUGGACACUGGGACUGAGAACAGAACCUAUCAAGCUUCUUCUGCAGCAUUCAGGUACACCGCGGGGACUCCCUACAAGGUCCCGCCAACCCAGAGCAACAACGCGCCUCCGCCCUACUCUCCGUCUCCGAAUCCGUACCAAACGGCCAUGUACCCCAUCAGAAGUGCCUACCCCCAGCAGAAUCUGUACACCCAG